GAAAAGGGACUCACAUAGCCAGCGCAGAUCGGAAAUGACCACCAGUUCGUUUUUAUUGUCCUUCUCUGUGGCAUGGAUUCUACUUUUGCUUGUCGCUGGCUGUGCUGGCAAGCGUAAUUGGGAUUAUGAACCAAUCUCUAUAGAUGUCAGAACGACCGAUGCAUCAAAAAUAAAUAUUGAGGCAACUGUUGAAAGCAUGGGACGUGAUGGAUAUGCUUUUACGGGCAAAGUGUUACUCAAUUUCGAUAUGGACGAAACGACCAUGGUGGAGGCUACGGCCUAUCGCAGCUCUACGGGAAGCGAGGAAGAUUACAAGCUCUUACCCUGGAGCAUACCGAAGCAGACAUUUGAAAAGUUUGCCAAUUCCCAUUACAAGGAAAUUGUCUACAAGAAUCUGGAGCACUGCUCGAAUAUACCCAAACCGGAGAAUGUGUAUCCCUGGCCAAAAGGCAACUACAGUUUCGAUAGGUGCACUGCAACUGGCGAUGGCAUGCCCGAAAUUGUGCCGGAGGGCUACUACAAGGUCAUCUUUACCAUCAGCGGGGAGGUCGAGGCGGGUUUUACAACCAUUGUAAAGCUGGUCACGAAACCGGAUAUGAUUGGUUAAGACCCAAAGACAACCGAAAGAUGAUGACAUAUAAAAAACCAAUAUUGAAUAAUAACCAAAAAAAUGUAGUUAGUUUUAACAUUAUCUAUUCAUAUCUAUCCGAGUGGUUCCAGGAAAACACAAGUUAUAUUAAAUUUAAAAUAGCUCUG